AUGCUUACUCUGGCUAUCAUAUGUGUCAGCUCCGCGGCAGUUGCCGCUGCUUGUGCAGUUUGGUGGUUCCUUGGCACAAUUCCCCUUGCCGCACUGCUCGUUUUGUAUGCUUGCAUGGCAAACCAGCUCUUCAGGGCGUGUCUUAUGUCGGGCCCGAAGACAUCACGCCAGGUACCACCAACGCCCAUUGCGCCCUGCCAACGUCUCUCGGCUGUGCAACUCAGCAAGGCUUACAGGGAGGGUGUGUUGAGUUGCGAAGAGGUGACGCGCACAUAUAUUGAGCAUAUUAAACGUGUUAACCCUUAUAUUAACGCUAUGGUUUUUGAGUGUUUUGACGAAGCCAUUGCCGCCGCAGUGCAAGCUGACAAGGUUUGGGCCAAAUGGCGUGCUAACCGCGGUAAUGCGGAACCAAGUUGGCUUUUGGGAGUCCCGUGUACCAUCAAAGAAUCGAUGUCAGUCACCGGUUGUCCGAACGCCAGCGGCCUGCCACAGAGGCGUCACAUCAUCUCACGCAUGGAUAGCCCAGUAGUGAAGAACUUCCGUGACGCCGGCGCUGUUAUUCUUGGCGUAACAAACACGAGUGAACUCUGCAUGUGGUACGAGAGCUCUAACUACGUCUAUGGUAUAUCAUGCAAUCCAUACGACACCAGGUGCAUUGUGGGUGGAAGCAGCGGCGGAGAGGGAGCCUCCGCCGGUGCCGUGUUCUCAACCUUCAGUUUGGGAAGUGAUAUCGGGGGCUCUAUACGUAUGCCAGCAUUCUUCAAUGGUGUCUUUGGCCACAAGGCGAGUCCACACUACAUAUCUAACCGGGGGCAACAUCCCGCUCCAGUUGCGUCUACGAAUCACUACAUGUCCACAGGGCCCAUUAGCCGCUUUGCCGAAGAUCUUGAGCCGCUUUGUCGGGUGGCCGCCCGCGGUGGGUUUCUUGAGGAUGAAAAGAAGUUUCCACCGCGCCCACCACUUCGGCGGCUCCCCUGCAUUGACGCGAGGAAGUCACUGCGGGUCUUUAUCCUGGAAGACUUUGGCACCGUUUUGGCCCGUACUUCGACGACUCAACUUGAGAUUGUGAGGGAAGUGGGGCAGUAUUUGGAGGAGCAAUUCGGUGCCUUGGUGACAUAUGUGAACUUGCAUACAUGGAAGUGUUCUGGCGGAGGGGAGAUAUUGAAAGUGUUUAGGCCAUUUUCGAAGAGUCUACGUUUGUGGUUGGGGGCUAUGAGUAACGACAAGGAAGAGGUGGUGUUUACAGAUCUCAUGGCAGAAGGUAUGACCAGCUUCAGCCCAUUGAAGGAAAUAUUUCUGUGGGUGAUAGGACGUUCUCAGCACACACUUCCAGCCUUGAGCCUCACUGUGGUCGAUGCAGUUCUGCAACAUUUCCCAAAGUGGGGGCCUAUGGGUACGGCAAAUGAUACCGUGCGGGAAUUCAAGAAGUCUCUGGAGGAGUUGCUGAACGGUGAUGGUGUCAUCAUUUCCCCAACGUUUCCCCGUGCCGCGCCGCGUCACCACCGGCCCAUCUUUUCACCUUUCGACUUUCAGUACACCGCAGCCUUUAAUGUGCUUCGGAUGCCGGUGACAUGUGUUCCCAUUUGGCAAAAGGAGCUUCGUGGUGACAUGAGGGUUCCAACAGUAGAGGAGGCAAAAGAACUUGCCGCUUCCGCGGACUACCACCUGCCGAAGGGAGUUCAAAUCGCGUCCCGGGAAGGCAAUGACGAACUGAGCCUCGCUGUGGCUCAGGUACUUGAGACUGCUUUCGGCGGCUAUAAGUACCCUGGCUGGGCUAUUCUCGAGUAA